GCGUCGCGGCGGCUGCUGCAGGAGGCGCUGUCGCGGCCGGCGCCCUACCCCAUGAUCGUGGCGCCGCCCGGCUACUGGGUCGACGGCCACGACCACGACUGCGCGUUCGACGCGCGCGGCAACCCCGUGCUGCCGCAGCCGCCGCAGCCCGCCGCGCCGCAGGCGCACCGCUACAAGAUUGAGACCGACGAGACGGCAAAGUGCUACCGCAGGUUCUUCGUCGGACUCGAGCACGUGAACCUAGUGGCCUCAGAUGAUGAACUCGGCCCAGUGUGUCUGUCGGUGAAGACGGAGAAUGUCGCCAACCAGGAGCACACCCGUAUCCUGUUGCGCCUGCGCACUGGCACAAUGCACGAGCUGGUUCCUUCCUCAUGCCUGGGGCCUGUACCAUCACCAGCCAAAAUGGCAAAGCUUCUUAAUGACCAACUCACGGUGGAUAAGUUUACACCAGUGCUGUACCCAAGAGCAUCAAAGUUGAUUGCUGAAUAUGAUGAACAUGUCUUGGUGUCUACUUUCAAAUUUGGGGUCCUCUACCAGAGAUUUGGACAGACAACAGAAGAGGAGCUGUUUGGGAACAUGAAUUCAAGCCCUGCUCUUGAUGAGUUCUUGCAACUCAUUGGACAAAGGAUUCCUCUGAAAGAUCACAAGGGGUAUCGUGGAGGCCUGGAUACACAGUUUGGUCACACAGGAGAAGAAGCUAUUUAUGAAGUAUUUAAAGACAGAGAAAUCAUAUUCCAUGUUUCUACAAUGUUACCAUACACGGAAACUGAUCCACAACAGCUACAAAGAAAGAGGCACAUUGGUAAUGACAUAGUUGCAAUAGUAUUCCAGGAGUCCAAUACACCAUUUUCUCCAGAUAUGAUUGCUUCACAUUUCCUACAUGCAUAUAUUGUUGUGCAGGUAUUGGAUCCCAACAGCCCAAAUACAAGGUACAAAGUUAGUGUCACAGCCAGAGAUGAUGUACCCUUCUUUGGACCAACUUUACCAAGCCCAGCUGUUUUUAAGAAGGGACCAGAAUUCAAAGAAUUUCUUCUUACUAAGCUGAUAAAUGCAGAGAAUGCUUGCUACAAGGCAGAAAAAUUUGCUAAACUUGAGCUGCGAACCCGAUCUUCACUACUGCAGGCACUGACAGACAAGCUGCGUGAAAAGACAAGAGAGUUCCUCGGAGCAGAAGAGUCACCGACAUCAGCACCCGACACCCCAAAGUCUGAUGGGGGUGGAGCAGGCAGCCGUUUCAUCGACACUGUGCGCAAGGCGUUGAUCGCCAGGGUGCGUAGCCAGAGUGUCGAUAAUAACCUGAUCACGGCCGGGUACAAGAAGCAGACAGUGUCGCAACCACCACCCUCGAUACCCGAGACGGCCACACCUUUGAGUGGACGGUCUAUUGCAAAAGGAAGUGGUGGUGGCAAGAAGAGUAUACCAUCAUCUCCAGUGUCAAGUCCAGACAUUCAAGGACACAGACCAACGAGGGUUACAAUGUCAGAAAGUGAUGAUUCCUCACUGAAUAGUGUGGACUUAGAUGCAGCAGUAUAUGUGGAUAGCGACACUGGGCUAGAGAGCAUGUCAUCUGCAGAAACACCCCACAAGGCAUGUAGUCUUUGUGUUGAGGGAGAAGCCCUGCGGCAGGAAGUUUCUCGCCUCAAAUGUGACAAACUUGAUCUCCUCCAACAGAAUGUUACACGUCAGAGAGACAUAAAACGGCUGAAGGAGAAGGAAAUUCAGCUCCAGACAGACCUAGCAGCAGCUUCCAAGGAAAUAUCACGUCUGAGGGAACUAUUGAAAAAUUAUGGUACAGGAGGUGAUGGUUCUCCUGUGUAAUGGAAAAAAUUUGCUGUACGCAGUGAAUGAAACCUACAUUAAUUAACAGUCUGUGACACAACCUACGAAGUAGCAGGUGUCUAGAUUUCACCCUAUAGAUUCCAUCAUCCCUUCUGUGGAGUGUAACUUGAUGUAAUUAUUCUGACUGUGAAUAAGAGGAAGAGCGAAAAUAUUGUAGAGUGCCUGUGUAUAUGAAUGAGCAAAAGAAUGUCUGUUUAAUUUUUUUAUAGGUGAAAACCGCUAUGAAUGGAUGCAUGUAUCAAUGAGUGAGUGAGCAUGUGUUUAGCUGCACAUUGAAAAACAAAUUUGUGCUAUAUUUGUACCUUGAACGUCAUUGUGAGCCCCCUCUUUACUGCCUUGAGAUUAUACUGGUGUAAUUUAGACUUAACAGUCCUUUUUACCUUCUGAAGCACUGCC